AUCAUGCCUCCCAUCUGAACUACUUCCUUCAUCUCGAAUUUUGGAACUAUGGCUCGAGCAUGAUUCUGCAAUAGUCUAAAUCACAUUCACUGAUAACCAAAAUCUCCAUACAUCGUUGUCUCAUCCAUAACACUCACCAUGGCCGACACCUGGAGAUGGACACCCAGUUCGAAACUCUGCUUCGUUACCACUGGCGCUACUGCGCCAUUUACUGAACUCAUUAAAUCAGUUUUAAAUCCUGCAUGUCUAGACGCUUUACGAGGAUCUGGCUUUACACAUCUCUUGGUUCAGUACGGGUCCGCCAAGGACGUCUACCAGGACUCCUCCAUGCUUGCUCAAGCAUAUAUGCGAGAUAGCAAAUCUACCCAAGAUCUCAUCAUAGACGGCAUCGAUUUCAAUCCAGAUGGCCUGCAAUCCCAGUUCCAAUUAGUUCAGCGGUCAAGAGGACUGGUAAUCUCGCAUGCUGGCUCGGGCUCCAUCCUCGAAGCACUCCGUUACCAGAUCCCACUCAUUGUCGUGCCCAACACCGAACUUCUGGACAAUCAUCAAGAAGAGCUCGCAGUUGCAAUGGAACGUAACAAUUACCUUGUCCGCGGCGACGUCACAAACCUUGCGCCUGCCAUAAAGAAGUCUGAUGAUUUUCGAUUGAAGAUGUCGCAGUUUCCACCUGUGACAAGUGGGAAACAUCGCGAAACCAAGAGCUUCGCGGCUAUUAUGGAUGAGACAACAGGUUACAUGGACUAAACCAGCCAGUGUUCGCGCGUGUUACAACCUCCUAUUGUCGGAUCGGCCGACUCAAGGAUGACUAGAGAAGUCGGUUUACUGCUUCAACGUGCUUGAAAGACCGAGCCACAACAGGUGGGUGCAACUGGAAAGCGCGCCACACGGUACUUGCGCUUGACCGUGAUGUUUUAUAGUCUUGGGGCGUCGGUGGCCCUGGUCACUUGUUGAGGCAAUCGCUUCCCUUUGCUGU